AUGCAUGGACCAUGUGGUAAAGCUAAUCCAACAUGUGCAUGCAUGAAGAAUGGGAAGUGUACUAAGUACUUCCCAAAGAAAUUCCAGAAUUCUACAACUAUUGAUGACAAUGGGUAUCCACAUUAUCGUAGAAGACAGUCUGGCAUUAAAGUUCUGAAGAAUGGAAUUGAACUUGAUAGCAGGAAUGUUGUACCUUAUAACCCAAAAUUGCUAAUGAGGUAUCAUGCGCAUAUUAAUGUCGAGUAUUGCAACAAGUCAAAUUCCAUCAAGUAUCUGUUCAAAUAUGUUAACAAAGGAUCAGACAGGGUCACUGCUGAGAUUACAACAAUUGCUGAAUCAUCUGGAAAUAAACGUGUUGUUGACGAAAUAAAGCAGUACUAUGAUUGUCGCUACCUUUCACCGUGUGAAGCAGUUUGGAGAACUUUUCAGUUUGAGAUCCAUGAAAGGUGGCCUCCGGUAAAAGGAUUAAAAUUCCACCUUGAGAAUCAACAAUCCGUUCUUUUUGGAGAUCAUGAAGACAUUACGGAUGUACUGGAUAAAAAAGGACUAUACCACAAUGUUUUUGGCGUGGAUUUGACCUACUCUGAGUUUCCAAGUAAAUUUGUGUAUAAUGAAAAGUUCAUAAUAUGGGAGUUGAGGAAACAAGGAUACUCAAUUAGAAGACUAACAUAUAUUCCACCAGGUACCGGAGAAUUAUAUUACAUGAGGAUGUUAUUGGCUGUUCAAAGAGGAUGCACUAGCUUUGAGAGCAUAAGGACCGUAAAAGGGGAAAUUCACAGUACUUACCAAAAAGCAUGUUAUGCUCUUGGAUUGUUGUCUGACGAUAAACAGUACAUUGGUGCUAUCAGAGAGGCCAGUGAGCUUGGAUCAGGUAACCAAUUAAGAGGGUUAUUUGUUUCCUUGAUCAUAACAAAUUCUAUGAGCAGGCCAGACCAUGUAUGGGAAAGUACUUGGCAGUUAUUGGCUGAAGGCAUUGAAUACUCAUUACGCAUGUCCCUUGAUAGACUAGAUAACAUGCUAACUAUAUUAAAAAUUCUUCUAAUGCAUUUUACAUGCUUCUCAAAUUAUGACUUAUCUGGGGUGGAACACUACCAGAAUAAAUUUGGUGUGGAUGAGAUGACAUACAAUAGUGAAGAAAUGCAAGACAUGCAUGCAAACCUGGUGUCAUCCUUAACUGAUGAACAAAGAAAAGGUGCAUGA